GUUAUCGGAGGAGGAAAAUUUAACCGACAUCAUCGCGCUAUUUCAAAUGUUGGCCGAUGCGACCAGCUUCCAGGAUUUCGGCAAACUGUUGCCGUUUUUUUUCGGCAAUCAAAGCAUCUACCUGUAUCGCAUCGAGCAUCUGGAUGUCGGAGAGCUGCUAGCUUCCAUUCAUCCGGAGCCGGAAUUUACCGUGCACAGCUUCGAUUCGGCCCACAACGAUCUGCCCAUCCGUCAGGUCAUGACCGAACGCGGGGUUUGCUUCACCCUGAAUGCUCCCCUUUCGGAGAUCCAGGUGGUGGGAUCGGAAAGGAAGUUCGAUGGCCCUCAACUGCAAACACCUGUUGCUUGUGCGUAUUCUAAAAACCAGUGCUAUGCGAAAAUUGACACCUAUAAAUCGACAAUAUCGUACGCCAUCCAUUCACCCUUUGAGCUUGCCUCAAAUGAUCUCCAGUUUACACGGCUCGGUUUGACCGAGGAAGUGAUUGCCUCGUAUGUUGUUCACGAGACUAUCUCAAGCGAUCGACUUAGAGAUUUAUCAAUCAAGCAACGCAAAUGUGUUUUCAACGAUGAACUUUCCAAAAAUUAUAAGUUUUACAACCACAAACAAUGCAUCAUGAAAUGUCGAGCCUACCAGGCGCUGGAAAUUUGUCGCUGCAUACCGCACUUUUAUCCAUUCGUUGAUGGACCAGCUUGCAAGAUAGGAGGCCUCAUGUGUUUGUCCCGCAAUCCCGAGUGGUACGACAAAAGUACCUGCCAAUGUAUGAAACCUUGCAACGACGUUGUUUUCCUAGCUGUGGCCAGUCGAGCUAGUCAAUGGUCCUUCGAGGGAGGAAUUCCGUUCAAAGCUAAGAGCUCUAUACGGUGGGAAAUUGUGCAACCCAAAACGCGAUACUAUAGGGAUGUAGUAUUCAGCCUUGAGGAUUUAUUAGCAUCAUUUGGAGGCGGUAUCGGACUAUUCAUAGGGAAAAAUUUGUUCAGUUCAGCUCGUUUGAUUGAAUUUUGCUUGUUUGAAGCAGCCAAGAAGAUACAGCAUUACUUUCUCAAAUUGUGACUCAAAUAAGGAAAACUUAUCGAAAAACCUCUGUGUAGGUGAAUAAGAUACAAUCAUAUAAAGAAAAUCAAAAGCUAAUGUUAACUUUAACUAGUAGAUAAUGAAAUGCAUUUUAUUCAAUAAGUUAACUGGCUUCUUCGCUUCGAUCAUUCGUGAGAUCGGAUAAACUAGCGAUAAAGAAAUCCCUUCGCAUAGUGAGUGGAGCUGCCUUCUGCCGAACCAGAUAGUUGAUGUUUCCCUUCGCCGUAUAGUAAUCAUCUCCAGUCAGCUUUCGUAUGGCAACAUUUUUCUGCAGGAUUUUAUUAUAGAACCGAACGCCGGCAUCUGCUAUCUGGGGACCCAAUGCAGCUAGUUUCUUGUCAGCAUCGGUUUCGUAAUACAUUUCGCUCAUAUCCGCUGCAAAUGAGUAGAUACCGUAACCGAAAAGACCGCAGAUUGUGUACAGCACCAUGC